GGUUUGGAGAGCCUUGGCAAGCAUUUGAAAAUAAAGGAGAUUAUUCUGUCGGAGUGUAAGCAGAUUACUGAUACAGGAAUGAAGAUAUUGAGCGCUGACUUGAAAAAACUAGACUACCUUGAUUUGUCUUUCUGCCGGCACAUAUCAAAUUCUACAUUAAAAUAUUUGUCAUUGAAUUGUCGCAAAAUCACAUGUCUUAUACUGGUAGGAUGUUUCAAGGUCAGCGAUGCAGGGAUUCAGUUAAUAGCUUCAGGGUGCAAUUUCCUGCAUUAUCUGGAUAUUUCAGGUUGCAGAAAUGUUACCGACAAAGCACUAAAAUACUUGGCGAAAGGUUGCUUGCAGCUCCGAAUACUUAAGAUGUUGUACUGCGUAGCUAUUACCCGACCGGCUGUCUCAAAUUACGCCCCGAGGCUCCAGAAAUACGAAUAUAACGACGACGAACCGCCUCUAGGGUUCGGUUACGUAGUCAGUGGUGAUGAAUUGACCUCGGCCAAGAAACUGAAAAAACGUCGAUACAGCACAAUGGCGCCACCCGUGAGCAUGGGAGGGAGUUCGGGGGAAAAAGACUACGAACAAACCAAACAUUCUCUGGUGGACGGUAUAACGGAGCAAGUGGUGGAAGAAAGUUUGAUCUCGCCGGGAAGUCUUGCCGAAGAUCCUUGA